GCAAACGCACACGCACAAUGUUCAAGCCACUUUAAUUGGGGAUUUGAGGCUCUCUUCGUUCUCACUGCGAUCAGCUAAAAAUAUCGCGGCGGAGAGCGUCACAGAACCGAACCGGCCUGCGUUGGCGCUGCUCGUUCUAGGGGGACUGGGGGACGGCUUCUUGAGUCCAGACGCUGGUCACGCUAAUACAGUAUGUGGCGCACUUGUUGCCAAAGAGCUUCAUCGCGCUGCGGGUCAAGCGAUGAUAGAAGAGGAAGUCGGAAAGUAGAGAGCAGGACUUGACUAAAGAUUGGUUUUUGCUUUGAGCAACAUGCCAGCAGCUGGACGUAGAAGUCAGAAGGCACCAAGACCGAAAGAGGCGAUGAUGCUAAAGGGGAUGCUAAUAAGGGGGCUAACACAAGACCACCAGACCCAAGAGUGACUACUACUUCACUGCCGCUGGUUAUGAUCCUCUGCGCUCAGGCACUGACAAGAAAGGGCGCAAGAUGUUUGUGGAGUCUGUGGUUCGAUGGGCGGCAUGGGGCAUCCUGCUUCAGGCGGGAACGCCCGUCUCUGCGGGAAGUUGCCCUCCUCGUUGUUCGUGUCGGCCUGAUGCGAAGGAAGUCAUCUGCUCGGGCAAACAUUUGAACUCAAUCCCCGAGGGCUUUUCCAGCGAUGCAAGCCGUGUGGAUUUAUCAUACAACAGGAUUCGGACAGUGGGGCGUCGACAGUUUUCUGGCCUCCACGAACUCCGAGAUCUGGAUCUCAGUGAGAAUUUGAUCUCUAUGAUCGAGGUCGAAGCUUUUCAGGGACUACAAAAUCUCAGGACGCUUCGAAUUAAAAACAAUCGACUCAAGAUCCUCCCCGUUGGGGUUUUCUCUGGCCUGUCUGGUCUCCGUUUUCUGGAUCUGAGCCAGAAUGAGAUUCUGGUCUUCCUGGACUACACCUUCAGAGAGACAGUGAACCUACGGACGCUUGACGCCGACGAGAAUGACUUGGUGUUCAUCUCUCAGCGAGCAUUCUUUGGUUUGCAGAGCUUGCAAGAGCUCCAUAUCGACCGCAGCAAUUUGACAUCCAUUCCGACUGAGGCGCUGUCUCAGCUCCAGAGCCUCACGUACCUUCGCAUGGUCCGCCUCACUAUUUCCACGCUGCCUAACAACGCUUUCCGCCGCUUGCAUGGACUACGCACCCUCAUCCUGGCAAACUGGCCCUCCCUUGACAAGGUCGCCAGCAACAGCCUAAUUGGACUCAACCUGACCGCUCUGGUCAUCAGCAGCUGCAAUCUCAGUGCGGUGCCAUAUUCGGCUCUGCGUCACCUUGUCUACCUUCGCUUCCUGGACCUGUCCUAUAACUCCAUCACUGUUGUUCAAGGUAAUCUGUUGCGGGAAUUACUUAGACUCCAAGAGUUACACCUAGCUGGGGCCAACCUGCUGCGAAUAGAGUCUGGGGCCUUCAAGGGCCUUGCCUCUCUCCGCAUACUCAACUUGACAUCCAACCAGCUAUCAACUUUGGAGGAGAGCACCUUACACUCAGUGGGGAAUCUCCAGGUGCUGAGACUGGACGGGAAUCCCCUGUCCUGCGACUGCCGCCUGCUCUGGGUGGUCCGUCGGCGAUUACGCCUCAACUUUGACGGACAUCAGCCAACGUGCUCGUCCCCCGACACAGUAAAGCAGCGCGAAUUCAGAGACUUUUCUGAAAAGGAACUGCCAAGGCUGUUCACCUGCCGGUCUGCUCGGAUCCUGGACCGAAGGCCGCAGGAGGUCAGGGUGGAGGAGGGCACCACCGUUCACUUCUCCUGCAAGGCUGAUGGGGAUCCUGCUCCGUUCAUCACUUGGAUCUCAUCUCACAAGAAUGUGGUUUCUCCGGUGGGAAGAAUCAGAGUUUUACCCAACGGUACGCUGGAGGUACGGUUUGCGCAGGUUCACGACAGCGGCACCUAUCAGUGCCUCGCGAGCAACGCUGCCGGCAAUGACAGCAUUAGGGUCGGCCUUUAUGUGAAGGGGGGCCAGCGCAACAGAACCGUCCCCUUCUUCACAGAGGAGGACUGGGUGGAGCCCCUGAUUCCCCAAGCCACCAACUCCUCAGCCCAACAGGCAAAGCCCUACCCCUUUGACGCCAAGACGCUGAUCAUCGCCACCACCAUGGGCUUCCUGUCCUUCCUCAGCUCGGUAGCCAUCUGCUUCAUCUUCAUGUUCUUUUGGAGCCAAAGCAAAGGCCAGAUCAAGCACACUGCCACCAUCGACUUUGUUCCUCGCUCCUCCAUGGGCGGCGGAGGGGACGGCGGGGACGGAGGGAGGUUCACUAUGAAACUCAUUUAAACCCAACAAAGCAUGACUUUUGUGAGAACCGCUCAGAUGUGCCUCUGAGACAGUUUCUUGGAUUUGUCCUAACUUUGGCGCAGGGGUUCUCAUGGUCCUAACCCAACCCUAACAUUUUGGGUCUAGGGACCCCUUUACAGGGAGACAUUUUUUUCAAAGGACUCACCUCAUAAACUUAACACCAAAUAAAGACCCUGUAAAUCUAUAAGAAAUAAAGAAUUUCCCACUUUUAAGAAAAACAACUGUUAUAAAACUUAUUUUCUUUGAAGAAUAGGACUUUGUUGCUGUAAAAUAAUUGAUGUGAUGACAUGUCACAAUCAUACCAAACCUUUUAAUUGGACCAAAGCUGAGGUACCAGUAAUUUAUUAUGUAAUUUUAUUUGUCCAGUAUGAUGGGACACAAUAAUGUAUUGCAAAAUAACUUUGUGGACCCCCCAAAUUAUGGCUCACGGACCCCCGUUUGAGAACGGCUGCUUUCGGGCCAUCUUUCAUCAUAACUAAUGACCGUGCUCACUGCGGCAUUCUUAAUUGUUGUCACAGACAUUAAAACAGGUUCAAAUGCGGCUUCUGGCUCAUCAAAACCUUUCAAGUGCUUGUUUGAAGAUCCUUUUUGUGAAGUUUUCAUUGCCAACACGAGUAGGCACGCUCACUGUGAACACCAGUCAGAUAAAAGCAAUAAAUACUGUCGGUGGAGUAGAUUACUAGUUCUGAAGUAGCAGCUACGAUGCUUAUUCAUGUACUGUACAUAGAAAUGUGCCCUUUACCAUUUGACGCUCAAUCAGGUUUGUCAGGAUCUUUUAUUACUUUAUUUAUGACAUGUGUAUGUUUUUAUUAAGCAGGAAACCAUUUUGCUCCUCUUUUUUUUUUUGUGUACCUGCGACACACUGGAGAACAUGUGCCUCACUAACUUCUUUUUUGGUGAUACGCUACUGGGCGUCUUGUAAAUAUUUAGGUCAAGGACGUUUGUGUCUGUGCGCUUGGUUACUUUGUGUUUGUCUUCGAACAUAAUUGCCCAAGUAUUUUUUAAUUUGCUUGCAUAGUAACGAUAAAAAAAGCUAACUUGUUUGCUGUUUUUCUUCUUUUAGUCUGUAGAUUUUCGGGUCAUCUGCAAUCUCCAAGGUUGAAUCGAGGCAAAGAGACUCCUGUUUGUUGAACAAUUUCAUCUUUUUUUCUGAUAGUGUUAAAAAAAUGACUUGGGGAAUGAUGCUAUUGGCUUAAGUUUCUGUCAUUAGUCUCACAAUUAUUUUU